AUGAAUGAUCGUGCCAAUACCAAAACUUUCGACUGCCAGUCGUGCGAUCGACCCAACUCAGCCGAAGAUGAGAUGGUGCAAUGUUGUAUCUGCAAAUUGUGGCAACAUUUUGGAUGUGCAGGAGUCGAUUCCCGGGUGAAAGAUCCGGAGGUGAAAUACGUCUGUAAGAUGUGCGCUGCUAGCCAGAACACUUCCGAAAAACCUUCGGGAAAGGACAAAUCCAAAUCUAAGUCCGGUAAGUCUGCUCUCGGGUCUCGCCGAAAGAAGCCGCUAACGGAUAUUCCGGAGAGUGUUUCAUCCAGUACUCGAGCUGCAAUUAUGACGCAGCAGCUGAAAAUGGUCGAGGAGGAACAAAUACUUCAGGAGCAGGAAUUGGCAGAAAAAAGGGAGCAAAAACGGCGUGAGCGGGAGGAAUCCGAACGCCAGCUUCAGGAAAAAAAGAAGCUCGCCGAAGAAGAGAAAGCACUUCGAAAUAAACAACUGCAGGAAGAAGCGGAGAUGAGUAAGUUAGAGCAGAAGCUGAGGAGAGAAUCGCUUGACAAACGGAACCAGAUCGUCAAGGCGCUCGCUACCAGCACCCAUUGUGGUUCAAUUUUGGGAUCCGUCACCAGUUCCAACCGCGAUUCACGAUCGAAAGUCCAGAGUUGGUUGGACAAAUCGGAAGCCGCAAAACAGGAAGAGUUUCAUUCGGAUAUGGGCCUCCAGGUUUCCCCCAUAUCCGCAGCCCAUCGUUCAGCGAUAUCGGUCUGCUCCAGAAUUCCUGUCCCCACGAACAAUUCCUUUAUAAGAUCCCACAUCCUCAAUUCUAAAUCUCAAACUCCGGCUGUCUCUAAUCGACCAGUUGCUCCGCGCACCAGACUCUCUCAAGAACAAAUAGCCGCGCGUCAGGUUCUAGGAAAGGAACAUCUUAUCUUCGAUGGAAACCCGGAAGAAUGGCCAAUUUUUAUCAGCCAUUUCGAGCAGUCGACAAUUGACUGUGGUUUUACGGAUACGGAGAACAUGCUUCGGCUACAAAAAUGUUUGCGUGGUCCAGCGUAUGAAGCCGUAAGAAGUCGUCUUUAUCUCCCUUCAGACGUGCCGCUCGUGAUAUCGACCUUACGAACAUUUUUCGGCCGACCUGUGCUUGUCAUCAAAUCGCUGCUGAAUAAAAUCCAUCAAGUACCACCACCAAAACUGGAUCGCCUUGACACUUUGAUGCAUUUCGCACUAGCAGUGCAAAAUUUCGUCGGCUCGCUGAUUGCUGGUGAACAGAGGGAGUAUCUUGCAGACCCGAUUCUCGUGCAGGAGCUUGUCGAAAAGCUUCCUGUCCCAUGGCAAAUGGAGUGGGCUGCUUUCGAAAUUCAACACCAGUCCGUCACGUUAGAAACGUUUGGCGAAUUUAUGUCUGUAUUGAUGACCAUGGCCAGUAGAGUCUCUUUCAAAAGUCCGAGCUUUGGAAACAUUACCCAAUCGGAUUCGAAUAAGCGUAAGCCGAAAGAAACGGGACUAUUGUAUACCCACGCACCCGGAUCGGAUGCACCGAAAGUGACAGAUGUUGCUUUGCAAGUUCGCCAUCAACAAAGUAAGCCUUGCUUCUGUUGCGGACGUGAGGGACAUCGGGUAGCUGAGUGCCCACAAUUUAAAGCAGCCAGCGUGGACGAGCGUUGUAAAUUAGUCCAGCUAAAGAAACUAUGUAGAACUUGCUUGAAUAGUCACGGAAAGUGGCCUUGCCGGUCCUGGACAGGAUGCGGAGUUGAAGGAUGUCGCCAUAAACACCACACACUUCUCCAUCCAUCAACCAACAACAACCAGAAUAUCAGUUUUUCCGCCAGUCACGUGUCCUCGGAAGAUUUGACCUGGGCACUUUUCAGAGUGGUUCCGGUUGUCCUCUACGGAAAGAGUCGCUCUCAACUGAUCUUCGCCUUCAUCGAUGAGGGCUCGUCUUACACCCUGAUAGAAGAAUCCGUUGCUAAUCAACUCGACUUGGAUGGCCCUAAGCAGCCGCUCACUUUGCAGUGGACUGGGAAUGUAACCCGGGAUGCUGUUCCUCCCGGCUAG